AUGGACAAACAGAUAGAACUUCUAAAAACACAAAUGGCCAGAGACGAGGCCACUCACAAACAAGAGAUGGAAAAGCUAACAAAAACAAGAAGCCGCCAAGAGAAGCAGCCCACAAAAGAGAACAAGCAGACAAAGAUGCAGCCUUCCAACGAGAGAUGGAACACAGAGGGAGGCCUACAAACAGGCCCUAAAUUAGAACAGGCUAAGCAUCAGAAUGCAGCCAAUCCUAACCCCCCGUUGCCAGUUGUGUGUUCAACCACACAAGAAUAUUCCCAACUCAAGGCAGCUCUUCUUCAAGUGACAAUUUCACUUAGCAAGGUAGAGCUUAGUGUGGGCGAAUCUAAAUUCUUCACAUGCACAGAAAAGCUUACUUUCCGAGACAUCAUAACCCCACAAGAAUUCAGACAAGGAGAAGAUGCUGAAGUGGUUUGCCAUGUUACUAGUUCACCUGCACCUGUUGUCAGCUGGUUGUAUCGAAAUGAGGAAGUCACAACUAUUGCUGACAAUCGAUUUGCGAUGUUAUCAAACAACAAUCUCCAAAUUCUUAAUAUCAAUAAAAGUGAUGAAGGAAUAUAUAGAUGUGAAGGAAGAGUGGAAGCUAGAGGAGAAAUCGACUUUCGGGAUAUCACAGUUAUUGUCAACGUUCCUCCAGCAAUUACUUUUCUACAGAAGUCCUUUAAUGCUACAGCAGAUCGGGGAGAGGCAAUUACUUUAUUCUGUAGAGCCACGGGCUCUCCUGCACCUGAAAUCAGCUGGCAUAGGAAUGGCAAACUUAUUGAUGAAAGUGAAAAAUAUAUUUUGAGAGGAAGCAAUACAGAAUUAACAAUCAGAGAUAUAAAAAAUUUUGACGCCGGUCCUUAUGUUUGUGGAGCAAAAAAUAAAGCUGGAAAUGAUAAAAAGCAGACAUUCCUCCAAGUUUUUGUACAGCCUCAGAUAAUACAUCUUAAAAAUGAAACCACAUUUGAAAAUGGUCAAACAACACUGAUAUGUGAGGCAGAAGGAGAACCUGUCCCAGAAAUUACUUGGAAAAGAGCCAUCGAUGGAAUAACUUUUUCUGAAGGUGACAAGAGCCCAGAUGGCCGUAUAGAAGUCAAAGGGCAGCAUGGAAAAUCGUCACUGCAUAUUAAAGAUGUGAAGUUGUCAGAUUCAGGGAGAUAUGACUGUGAAGCUACAAGUAGAAUUGGUGGGCAUCAAAAGAGCAUGUACCUUGAUAUUGAAUAUGCUCCAACAUUUGUGUCAAAUCAAACCUUGUAUUAUUCUUGGGAAGGCAAUCCUAUCAAUAUAAGUUGUGAAGUACUAUCUAAUCCUAUAGCUUCAGUUCACUGGAGAAGAGGAAAAUUAGUUUUACCUGCAAAAAAUACUACCCAUUUAAAGACUUACAGUGCAGGAAGAAAGCUGAUAUUAGAGAUUGCUCCCACAUCUGACAAUGAUUUUGGGCGAUAUAACUGCACAGCUACUAACAGAAUAGGAACAAGACAUCAGGAAUAUACCCUUGGGCAAGCUGAUGUGCCAUCCAGUCCCUAUGGAGUAAGAAUUAUAGAGUUGUCACAGACUAUUGCCAAGGUCUCUUUCAAUAAGCCAGAUUCACAUGGAGGUGUGCCCAUUCAUCAUUACCAAGUGGAUGUGAAAGAAGUUGCUUCAGAAACUUGGAAAGUAGUCCGCUCCCAUGGAGUUCAAACAAUGGUUGUUCUUAGCAAUCUGGAACCAAACGCAACUUAUGAAAUCAAGGUUGCAGCUGUAAAUGGAAAAGGACAAGGAGAGUAUAGCAAAAUUGAGAUCUUUCAGACUUUACCCGUUCGUGAGCCAAGCCCUCCAUCAAUUCAUGGACAACCAGGCAGUGGAAAGAGCUUUAAACUUAGUAUAACUAAACAGGAUGAUGGAGGAGCCCCUAUAUUGGAAUAUAUUGUCAAAUACAGAAGUAAAGAUAAGGAAGACCAGUGGCUAGAGAAAAAAGUACAGGGUAGCAGAGACCACAUAAUCUUAGAGCAUCUGCAAUGGACCAUGGGUUAUGAAGUGCAAAUUACUGCUGCCAAUAGGCUGGGUUAUUCCGAACCAACAUUGUAUGAGUUCAGCAUGCCACCAAAGCCCAACAUUAUUACUGAUACCCUUUUUAAUGGCCUUGGGCUCGGUGCAGUCAUUGGCCUAGGAGUAGCAGCCCUUUUGUUAAUCCUUGUUGUGACUGACGUCAGCUGCUUCUUUGUACGGCAAUGUGGAUUGCUAAUGUGCAUCACUAGGAGAAUUUGUGGAAAAAAGAGUGGCUCCAGUGGAAAGAGUAAAGAACUAGAAGAAGGAAAAGCUGCAUACCUGAAAGAUGGAUCAAAAGAGCCAAUAGUGGAAAUGAGAACAGAGGAUGAAAGAAUUACCAAUCAUGAAGACGGGAGUCCAGUAAAUGAGCCAAAUGAAACAACACCACUCACGGAACCUGAGAAACUGCCACUAAAAGAAGAAAAUGGGAAAGAAGCUUUAAAUCCAGAAACUAUAGAAAUCAAAGUUUCUAAUGACAUCAUCCAGUCAAAAGAAGAUGAUAGCAAAGCAUAAAAAGAUGACUACAGCUGUCCAAAAAAAGUAUUUGGAUUGGAGUAACCCCGUGACCAAAACUCUACAGCUGACCUUAAUUUCUUGGGCAAUUUAAGCUUGGAAUAGUUAGUACACGUGUACAUAUGAUCAAACAACUUCUGUCUACAGUACCUCUCUAUUUUGUUUUGUUAAUGUUUUAGUAUGUAGUCCUGGAUGACCACAGUCCCUUGGUAUCAAUUUGAAUCUACAGAAAAAGUACUGUAAUUUAUUAUAUUACAGAGGUGAUCUAUUUAUAAAACCACUUUUACCAAGCUAUCCCCAGCCACAGACAAUACAACAAAUAGCUCCACAUCCUACAAUGCAAGCUAAACACAUGAAAGAAAGUGCCAUAUAUGCCUGUAUUUGUUUCCAUUGGUAAUAGAGCAAAAGAUUUAGGUGGCCUUUAAAAGGAGAAGGGGAAAAAAAUCAAUCUCAGUACGAAACUUCACACAGAGGGCUGGCAAAGGUUGAAUAGCCACCGUGGCUGUGUUUUGUCAUUUGACAGAAAAUAGAAAGACUGACUAUUAGAUGGUGACAGACCUGCACAUUGGUUUUAAAAUAUAGUGCAAGGUUAAUAAACAUGAUGUACACAUUUAAAACAGAAAUGGUUGAAUAUUUUGCAGGAAAAAAAAUGGUCUCGUCUGAACUAUAUGAGUGUUUGACUUUGAAAGGCAACUAGAUUUUCAGAUAUUCUGUGUUAAUGUUUGGGAGACUGUGUGUGAACUAAAAUGUGGAAACGUAUUUUAUGUGAAAAGAAAACUGAUUUAUGAUAAUAGCUUUUGGCUUCAAGUAAAAUCUUAAAAUAAACAUGAGCUCAAAUUAGUUGCCUCCAUGUACUUAUAGAUAUAUAUCAUUCCUUCUUAGUUUUAACCACCUAGUCAAGGAAUAAAGUAUUGCAUUUCAGUAUAACAAAGGAGUUGUUCACCCCAAUCCAGUAGGCAUGUUGUUAAACAGUUGUCCUUAACACAGCACUUGUUUGUAGCAUAGAAACAAUAAUUGCCUAUCCUUUGUAUUAUAAAAAAAAAUAUCAAGAAAGGAGGAAAAGAAGAACUUUGACUAAAUGGUUAAGAACACUAUGAAAUUAUUAAAUUUGCAGUAUCCAAUAGUCUAAAUAUUUUUAAGCUGCACAGUCUCCGAGACAAUCACUGUUACUUAUGCUGAGUGUGAUAGCUAUAAACUAUUAUGAUCAGAUAAUUUACUUCCUUUGGUGAAAAAUUAAUCAUCCUCUAUUGACAAUUGAUUUUACAUUAUUACCAAUUAGAGGAAUAACAUUCCGUUCCCAGUCCAGCACUCAUUAUCCAUCACCUCCUAUAAUAAUCAAGCCCUGGCUUUGGAAGAGGCAGACAUAGUCAGCAAAUGACCACUAAUUAAAAUAUCUACUCUUCAGGGGCAAGUUGUGGAUCAUCCCAGGGUAGAACUGCUCCCGAAGGUUUAACUCUACUCAGUGGAGUGACACCCACUUAACCCACAUCUAAAUUUGGUUCAUAGCCAUAGUACGCAACUUUUCAUUGACAUGGGGUCAUCGUGGCCAGGCAGAUGACUUUGUGGUCAACUUGGAUAAAAAAAAAUGUGGGAAAUUACCUGUAUGUUGGGAGAAUGAUUAUUUAGCCUCCCUACUGGUCUAAUCACUAAUGUUUUUAGUGGAGCUCCUGCUGUAGAUGUGUUGAAAUUCAAGGCCUCUGGCUUCCUUUCCUUGGGUUGCUUCUAAAAUUGACAUAUUAGUCAAGAAGAACCCAACAAUUUUGUGAUUUUUUUUUCUUUAAAAUCCUUCUUGGCCAUAACUUAGGGAACAAUGCACAAUGAGUCAAGAUGUCAGGGCAGAUGGUCAGUAUGGUUGGGGAAAUAGGUUAAAACAGACUCAUGAGACAAGAAUGGAGUAGUGGAGGUAGCACUGGAAUAUGGAGGCUGUGAGAGAUGAUCUAUGAUUCUGUUGCAAGUCUGUCACUUAUAAUGCUCAGCCAAUGCCUCUGGGUUAAGGUAAGCUGAAGAGGUGGCUCCUCAGAAGCCUGCCUUGUUGCUCCCAUGCACUGAGCAGGUAGCAGCAGAAUCAGCCUGCUAAUUUUCUCCUCAGUUUCUUUGUGGAACUGAGUAGUCACUGAGAAUCCUUAGUAAAGUGAAUGGGGCUGGCUCCUAGUCUGUAACUGACAGAGCCACUCCCCUAUACAGAGUACAUACUUCUCCCACUGGCAAAAAUGCUCAGAGCCAGAGUCCUUUUCAGCUGAAGCCCUUUUUUAUGUGAGUGUGUAACCAACCAGUGUCCUGGACCAUUCAGAUAGCUUGACGUAAAGGGAGGGGAAACACCAGGUUCGAGCAAUUGUAGGAGAAUAUGCUGGUGGGGCUCAAGCAUCAAGGGCUGGGGCAGGGAGGAAAAUAGUCAUUUAAUCCUCUUGGUGGGACAUCAUCUGUUCCACCUUCUCUGCUGUCACCUUCCCCAACAGUAGUUUCUCCAGGCUCAUUAAGGAAGUAGGAAACUCCAUUCCCUUCAUGCUUCUGCCAUUAGAGUGCCAGAUCCCAUCACUCUUAGUCAUGUUAAGUAAAACCUCACUAUGCAAAUAAUCGGGUGUGAAACCAAUGGGAUGAUUCACACAAUAAGGGACCUUUGCACUGUAAGCAAAGGUGACAGAAUCCAGGUCAGAUUAUAGUUGCAUGCCAAGAGGUUAUUUCCCCCUGAAUCUUGUUAGUGGCUUCUAUGGCUGCAAAGCCCCAGAUGUUUCCUUGGUCCUUCAUCUGUAGAGACAAAUUUUGCUUGGAUCUGGAUCUAAACUGGGGGGAGAGAAGUAAGGGGGGAAAAACAAGUGCAAAGGGAUUUGAAAAUCUAAAAGGCCUGUACAGCAUGUUUAUAAUUACUAUGAUUGUACAACUCUUUAAAAGUAAAAAACAAACAAACCAACCUACAAAUCUAUUUUGUUGUUCAAUAUAUGAAUGGGAGCAAAAGCGUGUCUGAGUACACGACAUUACAAAACUGGUAUUCCCAGAAAUAUUUGUUUUUCCUGAAGUUAUGUCUCUUGCCCGGGAUACUGUGUGAUGGUCUGAGCAUCAGAUGGAGCUAAAUUAGUGAUAGACUAUUCCAAGUGUACUCUUUGUUUUGAAGAUUGAUAGGUUUUCUCUUGCCCUUGUCACUGAUGACAUGCAGGAGAAAUGCAAAAUUAUAACUGUUUUUUUACAUUAUGGAAGAAUGCGCCAAAAUAUCUCUCUUUGCUAAUGUUUCCAAAUGAGGGACAGCUUGUAGUUUAAAUUGUAAGAUAUGUGUAGAACUGGAAUAACAGCCUUUCUUUGUUUUUCCUUCUUAUUAUAGACUGAAAACAUAUCUGUAUAAAUGUCACUUUUACUGUCUGAAAGUAAUUUUAAGUGUUAGUAUGAAAUGUCAGAAGAGUUGACUGAAUAUAACUAUUGGUAAAAGUAACCUGAAUUGUUACACUGCUUUAGUUUGGGGAAGGAGACCAAGAAGUCACUUAAAUUUUUGACAGUUCUUGGCAGGUUACAUGAAACAUGGCAAAGACAAUCUCUAUUCAACAACAGAUAAAGAGAAAAAGAGUUAAAAGUGCUUAGAUUUUUUUUUUUUAAGUAGGAGAUUCAUUUUGAUUUACCAUAGUAUUUUUUAAAAAAAAUUAUUUGCAAUUAAAUUAUUGCAAUUUAUUCUAAAAAUAUAUUAUGGAGAGUAUUUUUGUUGUCCCUCCUCCCUCACCCCCAGUGAUUUAUUGUUUUUUGUGGGGGGCCAGAAAUAUUUACUAUUUUGUUGAUGCUAAUGCCUGAGUGACAAAGCUUAAUUUAUUUAGGCCCUAACCUUGCAAGCUAUGUUGCAGGGUGGGCACACUCUCCAACCAUGCAGCACCCCAUUGACUUCAGUGAGGAUGUGCACAGGCAAAAGAUUCUACUUGCUUGGAACAGUUUGUGAGAUCAGGGCCUAGUUUUUAUCUUCUUCAUAGAUAUGUAGAACUUUAGCGUACAAUGACAGUCAUGUAGACAGGCUGUUUUGACAACAGUUCAUGGCAUAGUAAAUUCCACUUGACAUCUUCAAUCUUUGAACUGAUGUUUAUCUGAAAAGUGGCUUUCUUUUCAUGAUGGUAAUGAAAUCGAUCAAGUCCUCAUUCAUUUAAGUGCCAAUCAUUGAAUUGUAGUAUUACAAUCAUGUCAUUUUUUCCAUUUCUUAGAGCAGAUAAUCAAGAUGUAUUUGUGCCUUUGAAUAGCAUGCGACUCUGCUUUAUUUAAAAAAAACAAAAAACAAAAAAAACCCUUCUUCAAUAAUUUGCCUACUAAUCCUGUUUAGAAGAUGUGAAAUCUUUACAUUGAUAUUGUUUCCUCCUCAGAAAUGUAAAAUGUAUCUAAGUUAAGCUGGCAAUCAUAUUUUUCAAUUCACUUUAAUAUUUAAAACCCCAAACCUGUAAAAGAUUUGAAGAGGUAGCACGUUUGUUCCAACUUGCGAGAGCCAUUGUUAAAUGUUUUUGCUGUAGGUAGAGAAUGGUGUGUUCAGGAGUUAGGUAGGAAAAGGCAUUGCCUUGUGUGGGGGUACUUGGACCAAAUGCCUCAAGGUGAAGCUUUUUUUGGAGAUUCAUCUAGGGAUCCUCCACACAGUUAUUAGUCCUCCUAUUCUCUCUAAAAUGUUCACAACCACUUUCGGUUCUGAAAGGAACCCUGGAAUCUCUUCCCACUAUUUUACUUUGAGUAAAACCAUUGUGAAAGUUACCUGCAGAAAUAUUCAUGGCUUCGCUGUCUCUGUUAUAGCGGUCCCUGGAACUAACUUAUUUAGAGUAUUUGCUAGAGGUACUGGGUAAAAUUCAGUCCUGUGUAGAAAACCACCAUGAGGCCUAUGUACUAUAUAUGCCCAUAGACCCAAAUAUUGCAAGUUGACCUGCAGGGAUGUGGAGGGAAAUCCCUGUGUAGAAACCCACUGAGUGAAAUCAUGGCUUUAGAGAAGUUAAUGAUAAAAAUCCAAUUGACUUCAGUGGAGGGCAGGAUUUUAUCUAUUGACUUCAAUGGGUUACACAUGUGCUCAAGGAUCUUCCCACUUGAAUCACCUUGGAGAAUCAGAAGUGAGGGUGUGUCUAUACUGCAAUUAAUAACCCCCAUUGCUGGCCUAUACCAGCUGACUCAGGCUUGCAGGAUUUGGG